AUGGAAAAAACAUUAUCAUAUCUUUCUCCCGAUGAACUAACAUGCAAGUUUGAUCUUGACAAUUUAAUUUAUGAGAAAACAUUUAGUUCAUAUCAUCAAGUUAGACAGAUUGCUUUCUCUGCUAAAUACCAAGGUACACAUGUGACCAUUUCCAAUAUGAAUAUCAAUAAUUCCCUUCAGCUAUCAGAUUCCCAAUUACGAUAUAUAAUCACAAAGGAAAUGACUAUAAGACCCAGAGAGAUUUCCCUCGUUUUGUUCGAUUGCAAUAGUAUUUACUCUUAUACUUAUAUCAAUUUUAUGUUAAGUCACUAUUUAAAGAAGCUCAAAUUAUUUACAAAUAGAUUUAAUUUUCAAUUAAACAUAUAUGGUGAUAAUCUGAUUGGUACUGAAUUGUUGUUAAAUGCAAUAUUUCAACAUUUUAUCUGUUGCGAUUGCACCGUAAAUUGGUUUGCAAUUAAUUAUAAAACUGUGAAACAAUAUAACGAAUUCGAAAAAAGUUUAUUUUCUGAAAAGGGUUAUAAGAAUCCUAGUAUAGAGAAUUUAAAGUUGAGUCUUUUCAACUCAUCAAAAUUGAGGGUGUACUUUGCAUAUUUUAAAAAUCAUAAUUGUCAUCUAUGUCAUAAUUUGAAAACCUUAGAUCUAUCGUAUAAUAAUAUUGACGAUGAAUUUUUGGCUAGAUUAUACUUUCCUCCUCUGAUACAAGAUCUUGAUUUAUCAAACAAUAAUAUUUAUACCCUAUCUGAUAGCUUUAAUAUCAGCAACUUAAACAAUUUAAAAAAGUUAGAUUUAUCUAAUAAUAACUUGAUUAAGAUAUCAAUUAGCCUUGGUAUGUCUUCCAAGUUAGAAGUACUAGUACUAUCAGGCAACAACUUACAUAAUUGUAAUUUCUUACAUAAACCAUUAUUUCAAAACUUGGUGAAUCUUAAUUUAUCGCGGAACUUGAUAAGUAAUCUAGCAAAUCUUCCAUUAUCUUUAAAAAUAUUAGAUUUGAGUGGUAAUUUCUUGAGCUCUUUUUUCAACGAACAAACUAUGAAUGUUUUUCCGGAGUCUUUGGUGCAAUUGAAUUUGGCAUGGUGUAAAAUAGGUAUUGAUGAUAGGCUGAAUAGCAUUGGUUCAAAGCCAACGUUAAAACUAGAAAAUUUGCCCAGGUUAAAAUCGUUGAUACUUACUGGUAAUCGCUAUCAUAAUUUCUACUCUGAGCUAUUGCAGGUGUGGGAAUAA